AUGAUUGACCUGCUGCCCAAGUCGCUGUCGAACAAAUUCAACCACUCGACCGCCGUUUCCUUCCACAACCGCGACUGGAGCAACGAUUCCUCGGGCAGCAGCCUGCUUAGCCCCGGCGAAUCCUCAAGACCGCGACGAGUCCAACGACGGCAAUGGAAGCUCCCGAGACGGCUCCCCAGCAGACAAAUAUGCUACGCCGCCGCGAUUGCCCUUUUGACCGUCCUUGCGCUCUGGUGGUUCCUCCAUCCCACGGGCACCGCUGGUCUUCUUGGAACGUCGGAGCCCGAUGUCGACAAUGAGAUUGCAGAAGAUGGCCCUAUUCCUGUCGGCACACUCCACGGCUUUUAUCGAGGACGCAAGAACAUUGUCCCAUUUUCCGACUAUGUCCCCGAGCAACAGGCCAAUGCUUUCGACCCUUUCGAUCCUGGCGAUCACGAGGACGAGGACCCCGAGUUGAUUCCACUCCCCUCAGCCGUCCCCACAGAAAUCGAACCAUGCUAUGUGGAUGAAGAGAGGGGGAUCAUGCCACCGACAAUAUCCGCAUACAAGGGGCUACCACAGGGAAUGAGUGCCCCCUUGUUCGGGUCUCAAAAUGUGCUCGGCAUCGACGAUCAGAUUUGUUAUGAUCGCAUAAAUCGACUGGCGCCCUAUGGCCUGGGAUUUGAGGAAGAGGAAGGAGGACUCGGCAGACAUCCAGAAGGCGACAACGAGGGACUAGAGCAAGUGGCUCCAGUCAACUGGCGGGGUGUGAAAUGGCACGACGCACAACAGAGGUGUCUCUUGAAGAAUUCCGACCGGCUUCAAUCCCGGACUGCCUUUGUGUUUCGCACAUGGAACACCUUCCACUAUACGGCAUAUCACAUUGCCAUGCUACGCGCCAUCAUCAGCGAACUCGCGCUCACGUCUGGCGGGCAAUACACGGUUCACUUCCUGAUCCACGUGCAGGACGACACCCUCCCCAUUUGGGCGUCGAGAGAGCUGUACAACCAAGUGCUGAGGGACAGCUUACCGGAAGAAUUCUGGGGAUUGGGCACACUCUGGUCCGUGGCGCAAAUGAAGCUGAUCUACCCUCCGCCUUUUCCCGACAGCAUCAUCAAUUUCUCUGGCGGCGACAUCUACGAAGCGUAUCGAUCUCUCCAUUUCCCGCUACAGUACUUUGCAUCGCAAAACCCCCAGUACGACUAUUUCUGGCAGUGGGAGAUGGACAUGAGGGUAACGGGCCACUAUUACGAAUUGCUGCACCAGAUCGAGUCCUGGGCCGAAAAACAACCGCGAGACUACGCUUGGGAGCGAUCUGCCACGUUUUACAUUCCAUCCCUGCACGACUAUUCCUUUGAGAACUAUACCCAGUCGACCAUUCAGGAGGUUCACGCUCGUAACGAGACACCGAUAACCGGCCCGCAGAUUCCACCGGAGCGACUUCUUAAUAUUCCAGAACAGCAAAUCCCAGACGGUAACGACGAAAUCACAGAUCUAAUCACUUUGAACCCUCUCUUUAAUCCUGAACACACUCGUUGGGCCUUCCACGACGAUAUCACCGGCUACAAUGUGACCCGUGACGGACGACCCCCUACCCGCGCCUCCCUGAUCACCGCGUCUCGAAUGUCGCGGCGCUUGCUUUUGCUCAUGCACGAGGAAACCUACCGGAACAAGCAUACCAUGUUUCCAGAAAUGUUCCCCGCUUCGAUCGCUCUCCACUACGGUCUCAAGGCGAUCUACGCACCUCUUCCGGUGUAUUUCGACCGUGACUGGCCCAGCGCGCAUGCCGAUGAAGUCUUCAACAACGCCCCUGUCAGCUUGGAACACACAAAGGCAGGUAUGGACCACGGACAAGGACAUUUUCAUGGUGCAGGAGGCAGCGUGUUUGGGCCGGGCGAGCACGUUUUUCGGGGCGCCACGUAUUACUCGAACGCCGGGUUCGCCGGCUAUCUGUGGAGGAGAUGGCUUGGAAGGGAAAAUGGAAAUGACGAAUUGGCCUGGGAGUCGGAAGGGGGUCCAGGAGGCGGGCGAAUGUGUUUGCCCAUGAUGGUUCUGCAUCCGGUCAAGUAUGAUUAA